GUCAGUUCGUUGGUGCCAUCAGACUCGCACAUCUCACUCGCAAAAUUUAAUCAUAAAUCAAAAGUUUCAAAUUUAGAAAUAUGCGUAGAUCGGGCUUGACCGCUUUGGCAGCCCUCGUGCUGGUCGUGUCAUGCGCGACCGCCGCCUCGCUCGGUCCCAACGACCACAAUCGGCCCAAGAAGUUCUUCCGCGGGCACAACAAGAAGGGACUGAGACACAAAGUCAACGUGGACGACUACCUGGCAGCGCCGUCCAACAAUUUUGAAUCGCCAGUCAGCUUUUUGACGCCGCCGGCGGGCAAUUCCAGACCAGUGGACAGAAGGCAGCGUUCACCUUUUGCCCAGCAGAAGCAACAAUCGCCAAGUGGAAGUCCGAAUCCAACCAGGCAGUCCAGAUUUUUGUCGCUAUUUUCUGUGGUGCGUUUUGAGAACCUCGAGUGCGGCGCCGUCUCUGGCGACAACGGCACCUGUCUUGCGGCCCGCGAGUGCCUCGAUCGAGGCGGAGUGGCGAGCGGUCCUUGCGCUGGUGGUUUUGGAGUGUGUUGCGUGUUCAUUGUGACUUGCGGCCAAACGACCUUCCAGAACUCCACCUACUUUGUCAACAGCGGCUACCCUGGACCUUACGAUGGCACCGGAUCUUGCCAACUGACCAUUCAUAAGAGGCACCCUGACAUUUGCCAACUGAGACUUGAUUUUGAUCAGUUCAUGAUUGGAGGGCCGGAAAUAGUGAAUCACGUCUGCAGUAAUGAUCAGUUUAUUGUCUCCGGAGGCAGUCCCGUUCCAGCGAUUUGCGGAACCAACACUGGAAACCACAUGUACGUUGAUGCUGGUGCUGGUUACACUAGUCCAGUGACCCUGACCUUCGUGACCUCAGGCCCAGCCUUCCCCCGCAACUGGAAGGUGCGAAUCUCGCAAAUCCCCUGCAUGAGCAAUUACAAGGCUGAGGACGGCUGCCUGCAGUACUACACCGGCGUCACCGGCCAAAUCCGGUCCUUCAACUACGACUCGGGCAUGGGCCUGCAACUCAGCAACCAGGACUACAGCAUCUGCAUCAGGAUGGAGCGAAACUUCUGCGGCAUCCAGUACAUCACUGCCCCUGACCCAGUGAACAACAGGUCAAGGUCGUUCAGUUUGAGCGGCCAGACGACAGGCCAGAACCAGGUGACCUCAAUGGUGGGCUCCGUGGGACCCAAUUCGUGCAACGGCGACUGGAUCAUCAUCCCUUGUGCGGCCAACGCAGGUCGGGCGCCGAGCAUCGAGCCCACGUGUACUGACCGUAUUUGCGGUGGCACCUUCAACUCCGAGGUCUCCACGGUGCCUGCCACAGUUUUCAGUAAGACCGGAUUUAAAAAUUUGCAAAACUUCGUAAUUCAUCAAAUUUUUCCACAGGCACGGUCAAACCCUUCCGAAUCAUCUACCACACAAACAACAUCGAGUUUCCAAACGACCAGUCAAAUAGAGGUUUUGCAUUAAACUACGUCCAGCAGCCGUGCAGCAACAUUCUUAAUUAAAAAAAUAAUUGUUGCAAAGAGGUUUUUGAAACCAAGGCUGACGUGGAAAUAUCUUGCUCAGUUAAAUUAAUAUUGUUUAUAUUUCUUCAAAAACUUGAAAUUUCUUUGGUAUUUUUUUUUAAAUUAUUUAAUUUUCCAGUAACUUCUGCGGAUCAAAUUCUUAAAAUGCUUUAAAUUUUCAAGAAGUAAAAAACAUUUCAAUUUUAUAAAGACGAUUGUGAAAAAAUUCUUAUAUGGCAAAAAGUUAUUAGAUAGAUCUCAAUUUUGAUUUUAUUGUGCUUCAAGUUUCUUUCAUAUCUCGGAUCAUAUCUGUUGUUUCUCUUUUUUGUCAAUAUAUCUAUGAAAACGCUACACCAAUGUCAAACGAAGAAAAUACUCGUCAGAUUUGACGAGCUAAUUUAUUGUUAAAUUAAAACAAAAAUACACUUUGUUACAGAUGCAUAAUAUAAUAUAGUAAUUAUUUAAUAAAAUAUA